AAGCUCAAAAUAUAUCCAACUGAUUAUAUUUCAGUGGGCCGUGUAUAUGUAAACGAGUCGAUUCCUAGAAUGGAAGAAGUAGAGAAGGAAAUGGCUCUUGUGCAUGGCGGCUGGGUCAGUAAUGGCGGAUGUUGGAAACCUAUUGAAUGCAAAGCCAGAGUCAAGAUGGCCUUAAUAAUUCCAUACCGUAAUCGUUAUGAACAGCUAUCAAUAUUUGUUCGACAAAUGCACCCUUUCUUGAAGAGACAGAAUGUCGACUACAGAAUCUUUGUAGUAGAACAGUUAGGAAAUACACCGUUUAACCGUGCAAUCCUGUUCAACAUUGGCUUUAACGAAUCAUUGAAGUUUGACCAAUACGACUGCUUUAUAUUUCACGAUGUUGACUUGAUACCAGAGGAUGAUCGUAAUGAAUACACCUGUCCCUCAUCUCCCAGACACUUGUCAGUAGCUGUCGAUAAAUUUAAUUACCGGUAAGUGCUUGAAUCAAUUUUAAACUGCAUUGCUUUGGGGAGAGCGAAACUGGAUUUAAGUUUAAGAUAAUUUCCCCCCGUCCCUGCCUCACUCAAGAAAAACUUGCGAGGAAAAACUUGCGAGCGACAACCACAAGAUACACAAGGUCACAUUCAGUGGAAGAUGAACACGGAUUCUCCUAAACAACU